ACGGACCGUAGACAUCUGCGACGAAUGUGAUGUUUUUGCGAAUCCGUAGCCUCUCCUGAGUUGAAACUACCCGUUUGAAGAAUUUGUGAAUGGUGAAUACGCUCGCGGUUCGUUUAUUCCAAUGAGCUCGUCGGGUGCUGCGCCAGUAAGAGCUGGCCUAGAUAGAUUUCACCGCGCUCCGCUCGGAUACUUUGUUCUAAAAUCAGCCGCGACCGAUCCAGGCAAGGUGCACCAUACUACUUGUGGAGGUGUCGGCGGUGUGAUGUGACAGUGAUCGGUGACCGCCGCGCAGACGGAGCCUACGUGGCUUUUCUACUCUGUAGGGAAAAAAAAAACGGGCAAAUAUUCGACGUGGAUGUCUAAUGCAAUUCACGACUAUGCCGCCGCCUCUGACCCGCCUGGUUAUCAUAUCGUUAGUGGUGUGGCUCUUAGUUGUUAUCCUAAUGAGCGGCUCGUUCCUGCGGCCCGGAAUUUCGGAGGAUCAGAUCACUGCGAGAGUCAACCGAGCACUCGACGAGCUGGAAGAUCUCAAGCGACAAAACACUGAGUUGAGAUUAGUGAUUCAAGCUCUGAAUGGAGGGAAGCCGAUCCCUCAGCAGGAGCUGAGGAUCGCCCCGCCAACGGACUACGAGGUGCACAGGAGGGCUGCAGAGAACGACGUGAGAGAGUUAUGGUUCUUCGCGAGGGCGCAACUCGACAAACUACUCAAGGAAGCCAAGGGUGCGGAUCGUGACGUGUUCAAAAGACUGCGUCAAGGAAUUUACGAGCGACAACUGUCCGCACUGGUGAAUUUAGAUAAGAUGACUCGACGGGACGGCUAUGAGAUGUGGAGGAAGCAAGAAGCUGAGGAUCUUCAGAGAAUCGUUCUAGACAGAAUUCGAGUCCUACAAAAUCCAGCGGACUGCUCCUCGGCCAAGAAGCUUUUCUGCAACCUCAACAAAGGCUGUGGAUACGGUUGUCAGUUGCAUCAUGCCACCUACUGCAUGAUAAUGGCCAUCUCCAUGAAGCGAACUCUGAUUCUUCAAUCGAAAGGCUGGCGCUACAAUCCUAGAGGAUAUGAAGACAUUUUUCAGCCAGUCAGCAACUCCUGCAUAGCGGAAACAGGCGGGAGUAGGUCCAAGUACCCUGCUUCGGGGGACGAGGUGGUCAACCUCGAGAUGCCCAUCAUCGACGGCCUAAUCCAGAAACCGGACUGCUUGCCGUUGGCAGUUCCUAAAGCCUUAGUGCCGCGGCUCAGUCAACUACACGCGAACCCUGCGCUUUGGUGGAUAUCGCAAAUCGUAGGAUUCCUUCAGAGACCCCAGAGAGGAACGUCCGAUUUCCUCAAAGAGGUUCGAGAUCAUCAUGGGAUCAAGGGUCCCUAUGCGGGCAUCCAUGUGCGCCGCACGGACAAAAUCGGGACGGAGGCCGAUUAUCACGGCAUUGACGAAUACAUGUCUUGGGUUGCGGAGUAUUUCGAUAAAUACGAAGCAAUACACGGCCCUUUGGACAAGCGGCGAGUCUACAUCGCUUCAGAUGACGCCUCCGUUCUGAAAGAUGCGGCUAAACUCUUCCCGGAUUAUGAGUUUUCAGGGGACCAAGACAUCGCAAAGAGCGCGGCGUUAAAGAGCCGGUAUUCGGUCGAGUCUCUCCGCGGUGUCAUCGCCGACAUCCACAUGCUGGCCCAGAGUGACUAUUUGGUGUGCACUUUGUCAUCUCAGGUGUGUCGCGUGGCAUUCGAGCUCAUGCAACUAAGGUAUCCAGAUGCGUCGCAGAGGUGCCAAAGUUUGGACGAUAUCUUCUAUUUCGGAGGUCAGAAAGACCACGACGAGGAAGCUAUAGCGGAUAACCUUCAACCGGACUCUGGGGGAGAAAUUGCAUUUAAGAAAGGGGACAUUAUCGGCAUUGCCGGCAACCAUUGGGACGGUUAUUCUAAAGGCAUCAACAGAAGAACCAAGCAACGUGGUCUCUAUCCAUCGUUCAAGACGAAAGAACACGUGGACGCCGUCGAUUUCGGGGACUUCAUACUUUAGGUUCGAAAAUAGGGAGGAGCUCUAGCAUCGAAGAUCGCACAGUGCAAAGCCAGUUCGAUGGCAGUGCCAAGCUGUACCCUGACGCAUCGGCUGACCUCUUUGUUAUAAUAAUUCUCAUUUGUCCUGUCGAUUCUGAGAGCCAGUGAGUGAGGCGGAAUGCUUCCACAGAAGAGCAAUCAUUCGGCAGAGUCCAUCUCUCGCUCGUAAACUGUUUCUGCAGAGGUUUCUCUGAAGAAGGACUCACUCAAAAGCGAUAUGUAUAGGCUUCGGAAGUUGAAAACGAACCUCAGUCGAGAUUCUGCUCCGAUGCUACGAUUAUUGAGUCAAUGUACAUAUGAAUGGAUCUCCGCGAAACUCGGCUCUGAGCCCUCUCGCUCGAAACGAGUCAGCAUACAGCUGCGAGGCCUGACGGUCGAGAGCGUUUAUUAUGAUUCGGUUUUGUAUGUCUUGCGACCCAUAGUGAGCUACUUUAGCACAACUGCGAGUCCAGGGGUAGCGUUGACAGUAUAUCGCCGGAUAUCUUUGUUAUCUGGUUUUGUUUUUCAUCGAAUAGUUUCCAGCAAUAUAUAGAGAGCAUUGUCUGCCUGAGACUGGAGCGAGCUUGACGAGCAUCUUUGAAUGGAGUAGAGGAGAAUUGUGCAAUGAAUACAAAUAAAAAGCGACUUGUU